CAAUCACUCCUCUAUAUAUAAACCUCUAUUUCUCUCUUUCACAUUGUUUCAAGCAAAUUGUCCCAAACAUUUGCUCUGUCCAAAUUAAGAAAAUUAUCGUCUAAAUUUUGUACACUACUCAAUUAUGGCUCUCUCGUAUUCCAUGUUCUUGCUAUCAAUAUUGCUUGCGUUUGCAGCCUUUUCAGCUGCGCAAUCUCCAAUUUCAGCACCUCCAAUGGCAACACCAGCAAUGCCACCAUCUAGCAUGGCGGCACCACCACAAAUGGCUGCAACUCCGCCUUCAACUAGUAUGCCGCCGGCCAUGUCACCACCGCCAAUGGCAGCUCCACCGAUGGCGCCUGGUCCAUCCAUGACCUCACCCCCUGCACCGCCAAUGUCAGCCCCAUCAAUGGCGCCUGGUCCAUCCAUGACCUCACCCCCUGCACCGCCAAUGGCAGCUCCAUCAAUGGCGCCGGGUCCAUCGUUGACCUCACCCCCUUCACCGCCAAUGGCAACUCCACCAAUGGCGCCUGGUCCAUCGCCCAUGGGGGAAUCUCCAGGGCCUUCUAUGUCUCUUUCUCCACCCCGGUCGGCUGAUUUUGUACAUGGAUGUAGCACAACUAUCUUGGCACUGCUCGGUGGAGUCGCACUCCUAGCUUAACUUAUGGCUACCGGUUUCAGUUUCCAUUUAUGUUUUUGACUUAUUUGGGAAGGUAAACUAGUACUUAUUAUCAAAAGAAGCUACUAUCUUGCUAGUUAUAUUGUUCUACAUAUGUACCAAACUUGUGCUUCGUGUAGGGUUGAAUAAUUAUUUGUGAAUUCUUUCUGUUCCAAGUGUUUCUUCGUGCUAUAUCUACAUGUAACCAUUUAUUUGGUGAUUGAUUAUGGAUUGUAUUAUAGAUUUAUUGUGCUACUACUCGUAGCAUUUUGGCUUUAGCUUUAAUAAGAAGACUCUUUCAUUA